UACACCUUAUACUCCAGCUUCCACCUCUACUACUGUUGCUGAAAAUGAGACGAUCACACUGGCGGAAGAAAUUAAAAAAUAUAAAACAAAUGCUCUUAUUGAAUUUUUACAGAAAAAAACUUAG